GCGUCGAUUCUCUUUCUAUUCAUAUACAAAAGACAAAAUUUUCUCCAUUGCUCUGGCACCAUUUGGAAAUACUUCAAUGCGGCGCCCCUGAGGAUGAGCACAAAGCACAGAAUGUGUUUUAUGUUAUCGUUAUCAAAACCUUCAUGAAACUGGCUGUCCUGCGCUCGGGCAUGUUAAGACCGUGACUAACAACUCUAUUAGUUUGAAAUAUUCUUUUCCUAGUCUUCGGACGUUCAAGUUCCAUAUAUAUAUAUAUACAUUCACGUUUCGAUUGUGAUAUUCGGCAUUGCAUAUCGCAUAUCGCAUAUGCACGAAAUGGCCGCCGCGACUGGGACGAAACUAUGAAUAUGAAUUUCGCGAUUAUAACACAGCGCAGCGUUCUCGGAAUGGCUGAGAUAUAGAAGUGGAAUUCGGCGGCGGCGGCGGCUGGAAGUAGGUCUCGAUCGGUCUCCCGGUUUCAGUGCGUCUCUCUCGUCCAUAAAUUUCGAGUUUAAUCGCUCUUAUGACCCUUUCCUGCCCAGACGCAAGUAUAGUUCUAGCCAAAAAGGAUAUUUUCCCGCCGUUGCCAGUGCUAUGUAUUUCGGUUUUCAAUGUUUCCAGGCUAUCUCAACGUGCAGAUCUAAGUCGUGCGUUGAGCGACAAACUAGAAUUUCGCAUAUGUUUCCAAACGUCAUAAAUGGAACUCGAAACAAAAGAAAUGUAGGGAAUUAUGUAGAGAUGAUAGCGUUUUUACGACCGAGUUAUGUAUUUUUUAAGGUUAUGUUUCUAUACGCCUUUUCAACGUAGCGUAGUAUAGAGGUUAUGUCAUGUAUAUUUGCGCCUUGACGACACGCCGAGGUGAAUAAAUGUGUUAAUGUUAAGGGGGUUGGUGCGCGACAUGCGCGCCGUAGUCUAAUUAAAGUUUUAACAAGUUUCCUCGCUCGAGUAGGUUUUUCGCAACGUCAUUAGCGCACGACGCAACACUGCUCCACUAGGUCAUCAACCAUAACAAACUAUUACACAAUCGUUGGCGUGGGAUUUACUCUUUUUAUUACAGAAUAAAAAAUAUGACAUUUUAAUUUACAAUCAGCGCCAGCUAUAUUCAAGUGUUUGAAGUUUUUUUUAACCUCAAAAAUUUCAUAUGUGAAUGCAACUGGCUUGAGUGGUUCAAGUUGUUUGUUCCAAUGCACUUGCGGCAAGUAUAUUAAUUUACUAGUGUUUUAAUUAAUAAUCCAGCAUUCCAUUCGCGUCGCGUCUGGCACGAAACUCCUGCUCGUCGCUCAUCACGUCACUCGUCGUUCAUCAAUUCGACGGGCGCCUGCGAACGUAAUGUCAUUCUUAAGUCGUCGCUAGUCGCUAGGCGGAACUGAGUUUGGGAACUCGAGUCUUAAAUUUCUGAUGCAUUCGGAUUAGACGCGCAUAGACGAAUGGGGAAGUCGCGAGAUGAGAAAUUACCUUCGAAGACGGCGUGCCAUCAACUAUAAACUAAACUAAACUCAACUAGUGAUUGUGUAUUGUAAUUAUUCUACGUACACAUACGUGAAAAUGAAAAUGAAAAUCAAAAUGUGUUUUUUGUUUUAUUUCUACUUCUACGUGAUUACUUUGUUAAAUUAUCAAAUUUUGAGUGUUUUGUGUGAAUUCAACUUUAAUACCUUAGAAGAUGGAUAUUUUCUGGAUGCGUUGAGUGAGCCCUUGACGAGUAUGAGCCAUGCGCAGUUCAGCGACGGCCCGGAGGUGCUCGAGUGUCCGUCGUCUAAUGUGAUUACGACGCGAUACAAAUGCAGCGUGAAUGGCGAGUGGGUGGAUUGCACGCGUAAGCACUGCUGUCAGGACUAUACCUUCAUCGCCGGCAGAUGUGUUUUGAAAGAUGAUGACCCGUGCUCGAUGAACUUGUGCGAACAACAAUGUACGGUUUACCUGCAGAGAGUAAUCUGCACCUGUUUCGAUGGAUACAAGUUCAGCGCGGAGAAUCAGCGCAAUGGCGUAAAGCCGUUCUGCGUAGAUGUGAAUGAGUGUUUGGAAAAUAACGCUGAUUGUGAGCAUGAAUGCAUCAACGAGAUGGGCACACACCGAUGCGGUUGCAAACAGGGAUUUGUCCUCGGUGAGGACAACCGGACCUGCAUCAAACAAGAGGCGCUCGAUGUGGAAGUGGGGGCGGCUGGGAACGCCAGCGAGCUGCCAGCACGUCGAGAUCGUUGUUACGCGAGCUGCGACAGUGUAUCGCGAUUGCACGACAAGCUCAAAGUUCUCACCGAAAAGGUCUCCGCGCUGAGCACCGCAAUCAGAUUGGCAAGCUUCGCCUCCGGACCGCCAGGACCCGCAGGCCCGCCUGGCCCGCCCGGCCAUCCUGGCCCCAGGGGAUUUCCGGGUCCAGAAGGCGGCGGUGGCGCCGUCGCGGAUGCGGCCGACAACAACAGCAACAGCGGUGGUGGUGCUAAUAGCCACAACCAUGACGGCCGGGAUUACACCUAUUCAAUAUUGGACGCGUUCGUUCCACUGCCGGGCGACGAAACAACGCACUGCAGAUGUAAGCGAGGACCGCAAGGUCCUGUGGGAGCUCCAGGGUCAACAGGCGCACAAGGACUCCCCGGUGAGCGUGGCCCACGUGGUCCUAAAGGCGCUCAAGGUUCAUUCGACUUUCUGCUGCUGGUCAUGGCCGAUCUGCGACAUGAUAUACAACAAAUUCAACACCGAAUUUUUACUCCCAACGACAGUAGAAAGUUUUGCUUGCGCAAAUUUCACCAUCUUGCAGCAGUUUUUCUUUUCGUUGAUUUCCAACGCGCAACUCGCAAACUCUUAACUCUCCCAACCUGGAGGAGUUCGCUCGUUGCACGUGCAGCUAAUAUAUGAAUUUGCGAGGAUGGCCCGAGGGGCUUUGCAACUUUUCCACGGCGAUAAUAGUUCAUUGUUCGCGGCCCGCGCUGCGUUGAUGAAGCAGACAACCCGGACUUUGCUUGUGCAUACAAAGUUUGCAUCGAGAAAAAAAACAGACGCAAAACAAGGCGUACAACACACUAACAAAACAAGCGAACAAAAAAAGCACGUUGUGGCGAGCGGGGGUUGGAAAAACUUUGCUGCAAAUGGAGUACACGUGUAGUCGGGGGCCGAAGUUUCGUGUACGUGGCGGGCAUUCGCAAACUUGUUACGCUUCAUUAAUUUUAUAUUGUCGAGGCGCAAGUUUUGCAUUCGAACAAAUCGCCGAAAAUUAUGAUCAAAUCCUCUCGCAAACAAUGCCAAGUAACCUCGUCAAAAGCAAAACAUUAACUCACGAAUCUUUAGUUUAGUUUAGCGUAAGUAAUAAAUUAUUUGUGAAACAAGCGCACUUGCGGCUUUGGAAGUAAUAAAAUUUCAAUUAUAUCCGAAAAUUUGCGCGAUUAAAGCGACGGCUGAAAGUUUCAAUCUUCUGCACACUUGAGCCGGCGCAGUUAACUCAAACGAGCGUUAAACUAUAAAAAUACUCCCCCGCAUUGCACCACAGCGCGUGUUAUAAUUAACGUGGAACUUACGCUUAUGUGCAUGUCCAUGGCACACGCGCGCCAUUUUGAAUCGGGCGAAUUUUCCAAUUUCGAGCUGGGGUAAAUUUACAGCCGGCCAUUAAAACCUUCGCGCGCCAACCAACAAAACGAUAAUGAUACUUUAAAACACUGCCGAUGUUCUACUCCCACCUGUGCGUGCUUUUGAUCAGAAUGCAAACAAAAACAAGUUGGUAUUGAUACACGCUGAAACAAAACAUUCGAUGAUAGCGCCAACAAAUCGGAAUGCACCGGUAACAUAUUGUAGAUUGCACGAACAGCGCCGGCGAGUGGAGGGAAUUAUCCGGAUUCUCGGCUAACUCUGAUUACUUUGCCGAUUUUCCUCGUUCCGCAAACGCGAUCUGAUCGAUUGUCGCACGCUCCACGAAAUUGGAAACUUCUUCGAUUGCUAUUGUUCGAGUGUCGGCUGAAAAACGACUGCUGCGAUGGGAAUGUGCGCGAAAACUACAAGAUUAAAAGAUUUCGCUGUCACGGAAUAUAAUAAACAUGGAAUGCAAUUUUCGGAUAAUGUCUGCCAUGAAUUCACUCUGAAUUAAAUUGACUUUCGGCGAAAAAUGAAUCCGGAAAUUUCGAAAUAAUAAUCGAUUGUGUAGUUGGCAAUAACAUCAGCAACAUGCCACAUGUUCACUUCCCAGAAAGAUUGUACAAAUCCUCAAGAAUAAAUACGCAAACCGUUGGAA